AUGGCGGGGGAGAAAUCCGGUGGCAGCGGGCCCUCCUCCUCCUCCUCCUCGGCCGCAUCCACAAUGGACCGCUUCCACAAGAUCGUCCUUAGCUGGGACUACCUCCGCCUCGUCGCCGACGCCAAGGGCGCGGAUCAAACUAAGGGGCUGCAGCGCGUGAAGAACAGCUACGCCUCGGUGGCGGAGUACCUAGGCGUCUUCGAACCUCUGCUCUUCGAGGAGGUCAAGGCGCAGAUUGUCCGUUUCUCUGUUUCUGUUGGCUUCUUAAGCAAUUUUUUGUUUUGUAUGCUUGUGCGGUGUGAGCAGAGAUUGGGCUGGACUGGCAGAGAGGGGUGGUGGGAUCAUGUGCAGAGUCGGAGGGAUUCCACAAGGUGUCCAUGGCCGUGCUCGAUGCCUUUUACCGAAAAAGGCGCGAGAGAGGGGCUCGAUGCCUUUUGGGAGAUUGUGUCAGAGAAUGACCUUCUCCUGCUCUCCAAAGACAAAUUUGUGGAGGGAGUCACUCCCACUGCAUAUGCCUUUGCCAUAGUGGAACAGCGGGGUGGUAAAGGCACAAUCUCUCUUAGAACAUUUGUGGCAGGGGAAAUAAAAAAUCUGAAUGUUGCAAACCCUGUGAAGUCUUCAAGACUAGAGCGCAUUACUUCCAUUCUCUCAACAUCAGGAAGCUUUCUGUCGAUUUUAAAGAUAUGCAGCCUGUCUACUAUACUGCGAGAGUACUCUGCGAUGCACUCUGUAGCUUCACUUCCUUUUAAGGAUUUGAUCUUUUCAGCAUCUGAGAAGAAUAAAGAUGGAGAUGAUCAAAAUCGUGCUUGGAAUGUCCCUGGGCCACUUAUGGAGUACCUGAAAACAAACCUUAAUGAUUCACAGCUAGAUGCAGUUAAUGCAGGUCUUUCUCGCAGAUCCUUUGUCCUUAUUCAGGGCCCUCCAGGAACCGGAAAAACACAAACUAUUCUUGGACUUCUCAGUGCUGUUCUCCAUUCCACUCCAGCCAGAAUGCAGACCAAAGGAGGGUUCAAUGUUCAAAAGCAUGGGUCUGAGCUGGACAUUGAGAGCAAGCUUGCAAACUGGAUGAAAGCAUCUCCUUGGCUGAUUGGUGCAAAUCCUCGAGAUUUGAUUAUGCCUGUUGAUGGUGAUGAUGGUUUUUAUCCUACUGGGAAUGAGAAGAAACCUGAAGUCAUAAGUUCCAGUCGCAAGUAUCGGGCCCAUGUGUUGGUUUGCGCUCCAUCCAACUCAGCACUUGAUGAGAUUGUAUUGCGUGUUCUUCAAACAGGAAUACGUGAUGAAAAUAACAACACUUACAAUCCCAAGAUUGUGCGUAUUGGAUUAAAGGCACAUCAUUCUGUCAAAGCAGUUUCCAUGGAUCAUCUUAUACAACAAAAACUUUCUGGUGUGGAUCGCUCAUCAGAUGGCAGGAGAAGUGGAGCUGGUGAAUAUGAUCGAAUUAGAGCUUCUAUUCUUGACGAAGCAGCUAUUGUAUUUUCUACCCUGAGUUUCAGUGGAUCAGCCAUUCUCACCAGGAUGACUCGUGCUUUUGAUGUUGUUAUAAUUGAUGAAGCCGCGCAAGCUGUAGAACCAGCGACUCUUGUACCCCUGGUUCAUGGAUGCAGACAAGUUUUUCUUGUUGGCGACCCAGUUCAGUUGCCAGCAACUGUAAUUUCAUCGACUGCUCAGGAGUUAGGGUAUGGAACAAGUUUGUUCAAGAGAUUUCAAGCUGCUGGUUUUCCUGUGCAAAUGCUCAAAAUUCAGUAUCGUAUGCACCCAGAGAUCAGUAUAUUCCCUUCAAAAGAAUUCUACGAAGGCAUCCUACAAGAUGGGGAGGGACUCAACAAAAAACGUCCAUGGCAUUCCUACAGCUGCUUUGGACCAUUUUGCUUCUUUGAUAUCGAUGGGGUUGAAUCCAAGCCGUCUGGAACUGGUUCAUGGGUGAACGAGGAUGAAGUGGAAUUCAUAACCCUCCUAUAUCACCAAUUGGCCACACACUAUCCAGAACUCAAAUCCAGUUCCCUAGUAGCUGUUAUAUCACCAUACAAGCAUCAGGUGAAACUCUUGAAGGACCAUUUUCGGUCGACCUUCGGCGAUCAAUCUAAGGAAGUUAUAGAUGUAAACACUGUUGAUGGAUUCCAGGGUCGUGAAAAGGAAGUUGUCAUUUUUUCAUGUGUUAGAUGCAAUAAGGAGCAAAAUAUUGGUUUUGUUUCUGAUUUCCGACGAAUGAAUGUUGCCAUCACCAGAGCUAGGUCUGCUGUACUAGUCAUUGGCUCUGCUUCAACAUUGCAGCAAGAUAAACACUGGAACAACCUUGUUGAGAGUGCCAAAGAGCGAGGGCGCUAUUUCAAGGUUUCGAAGCCAUUCACCAUGUUCUUUGCUGAGGAUAAGUUCAAAACCAUGAAGGUGGAAAGACUUGCUCCAGACACAAGGUUCUCUCAGGCAAUAGAAGCAAUUAACGAAGUUGUUGCAAGGCAAGAAGUCAUGGAUGCCGAUGAUGCUGGUGACCAAGCGGAUGGAGACGAUUAUGAUGCCAUGGAGGCUGACGAUGGAGGUGGUGAUGAUUAAUGUCGGCUAUAGUGUAGUGUCAGGUCCGUUUGGAGGAAUCCUAUUGGAGGCCAGGUACAUA